AUGCUUGAUAACGACGACACACUAGCCGACAGGGAAGUGCUCGGCGUGCUCCGCCAGCAGCUCCCGCCGCAGCUACGCAACGUCGAAUCCGUCGAAGAUCUGCUGGAGUACGGCAUCUCUGUUGCCAAGGCCGAACGCGACAAAGCGGUGAAGAACUUUCUGAACACCAAAAAACUCAUGGCAAACAUCAAGCUCCUUGAACGUCUGGAUGACAAUACUCGGGCAUACAUCGACGCAGGAAACGGGAUAUUCCUCCCAGCACGCCUGAAAGACCGGCGCAUACUCGUUCACAUCGGUUACCAAUUCUACCUCGCUAUGGACCACGACGAAGCGUACACAUUCGCCUCCGAGCGGCUCAAGCUACUGCAAAAGAACAUCGACGCGCUGAACGCCAAAGUGGCUGAGCAGCGGGCGCAGGCGUUUAUAAUUGCAGAAACGUUAUGCACGAUGUCAGCGGCGGGCAUUCGUUGA